ACAUACCGUAGGAUAAUUAUCUGUGAACCCUGAAUUUCUGAAAGAAAGAAAUACAUCUUUCUUCUAUUUUUGUGCCUAUCGGCGGCAUGGAUUUUUUCCGGAUUACCGGUAUUAGCUCUGCAAACAGGCAACUCAAAAUGGCAGCCUCCAUGAUCACACGAAUUUCCUGCAAGUGUCCUAACAUUUUACAAAUAAUUGCAAGUAGAACGGCAUUUCCUGUCCAAACGCAUGUACGUCACCAUGCCCGGUGGUUGAGACCAUUCCUUUUUGCAUUGAAUGGGCAGUUGAAGUAUCUCAAGAUGAAGUAUGGUGAAGAUCCUGCUAAACCUAGAUCUCAUCAAGACAACUGGGACUAUAACAGUGAGAUCUAUGCUUUCUGUCAGCGCUUUGGGGAGGAGUUCAAUAGUGAGACUGUUAGAACGGCAUUUACUCAUAAAAGUUAUGUGGAGAAGGAAGAGAAGAAUAGACGAGAAAUGGGACUGUUAGAUCAAGAUGCAAAGCUACAGCUUGAUGAUAAUACACAACUUGCAAAUGCAGGAUAUCAGUUUUCAUCAGAUUACAUAGCAGGAUUCCUCAGACAAGCUCUCCCUAAAGUACCUGAACAAGGCCAUAGGGCAAUCAAUCAGUAUCUAAUGAGCGGAGAAGUGCUGUCAUAUGUUGCCUCUAACCUCGGUUUGCGUGAUCUUAUAUUAUGUGCUGAUUUUCCCGUCCCAUCAGAUGUAAUGGAAUCUACCUUCAUGGCAAUCAUUGGUGGCCUCCUUGAAGAUCAGGGCAUGGACAGGGCUGGUCUAUUUGUACGUGAUUUCAUCAUUACUCAGUUAAUGGACAAGGACCUAUGUGAUAUCUGGCACAUAGACAACCCGGUGAGUCUCCUGGCACAGGUCCUAGUAGAUCAACAGAGAGAGGAACCAGAAGCAAGAUUGUUACGUGAAGCAGGAAAGAACACAUUCACUCCUCUGUACAUGGUUGGAAUGUACAGUGAAAAGAAACUUCUUGGAUGGGCACCUGGUGAGUCCAUCACUGUAGCAGAAGAUGAAGCUGCUCGGGUUGCUCUCAGGAACCUCUUUGACAUCCCAGAGAAUAGACCACCCCUCCCUUUAGGCAACACCAUUAGAGAACGGAUGUUACAUCAAAGCAUUGUCAAGGAGACGGAGCAAGGGGAGAGACACCAGAGUCAGAUUGCAGCCAGCUGAUAACAAAAGAAUAGUGUCUUAUGAACUCUUCUUUUUUUCAGUCUGAUCAUUGGAAACACACCUUCAUUGGUUGAUGUGUUUUUGUGAUCCAGGUUGGUCAUAAUUCUGGAUUUAUGAUUUAUCCGAUGAUGAUCAUUCUUUAGUCAUCAUUCUUCAUGAUAAAAUAGGUGUAUUAUUUAAGCAUCUCUAUUGGUUUAAAGAAGUCUCUAGACAUUCAAUUUUAUUUGCGUGUCGCACUGCAGUUGAAAAAAGACCACCUAACAUUGAGCAUUAAUUGUACGCUGCAGCAGACAAGUGCUAUCGUGACAGGCUAGGAGUACACCAAAAGAACUUUCAAAGACUUGUGUUUUGUAUUUUCCUAUUUCGUAACAAAUGUCACAUUACUUUGUCUGUGAAAAUGUGGAUACAAUGAAAAUUCUUUUCUUCAGAUGGUGAAUGCUGGGCACUCACCUCAUGAUGGCCCAUGCACAGUGCAGCACCUAUACAAAGAAACCUUACAUGCACUGUAUUUUCCACUUGCACACUUCAUUUCCUGGAGGAAAGAUGCAGAAAACAAAAGUCAAUGUCCAAAAUCAAGAUUUUCUCCCAAUGAUCCCUCCCAUAAGUCCAAGAUGCUGGAGAGUAUAUCUCUAGAGAAUCACACUUUAUAGUCAUCAGAGAUUUUGUAUCUCGUGAAUAAUUAUCUUUCCCAAUUUUUGCUUGUCAAAAAUAGCCAUAUUGUAUUAUCAUCCUCUAUUUCGUUCUAGGUCCAUUUUUUCUUAUGUUUAAUUUGUUCUGUAAUCACUUAGUUUUACAUGGAUCCUAUUGAUUGUAGAUCAUAUUGGUCUGAAAUCCUAUAAUUCCUUGAUCCUAUUGGUCCUAGAUAUUAUCGAUCAUACAUCCCCAAUUUUGAUUGAACCCAUUGUUCUGAGGGUCCUCUUGUUGGUCAAAGUUCUCUAUUUGCAUGUGGCAUUUCACAUUAUGUUAGAAACUUGAACUUCCAAAAGACUUCUGAUAUGUCUGAAGUCUCCUAUCUCAAUUUUAUAAUCUAUCGGGCCAAAACAUAUUUGAUCUAUUUUUGUAUAUGAUUAUAUAUUUCAUAUAUUAAAUAUAACCUUUAUUUUUUGGUUAAUCCCCCAAAAGUGCAUGUCACUUUUCAGAUUCAUUACUAGAUUAUAGAAAUGUAUAUGCCCUAAAUGGUGUGAAGGAUAAGAAAUACAAAAUAUUUUGUUGGACAGAAUACAACUUUACCAAAGCUUUAGAUUGGCUUUAAUGAGUAAACAUAAAAUAAAUGAUUGGCCUAACAUUUGAAUUAUUUUUAAUUUAUAUAAUAUUAUAACACCAGUUCAUACCAAAGAUAGAUAGUCCCCUAUAAAGGAGAUGGUAAAAGUCCAUGUCAUUGAUUGACCCUUUAAGUAUGUUUUUUUUAAUCACAACGGUCAAUAUGCAGCUCAUUGUACAAUCAAGGAGCUUAUUACAAUGCCAUUAUUGUUCACAUGAAAAAUUGAUGUCAGAUAUGUGUUCAUUAGCUUUAUUAAAAGCUUUUAGCCAACCCUUGGAAGAUGAUGCAGUUUAGUAAGAACUUCAGAGAUUUAUAUUUCUCCGACUUAUUACCCCACCAAACAAAGUUUUAAAAGGGAUGUAUACAUUAUGAAUCAGUGUAAUGUUGUGUGGAUGGUCAUUUGGUCAGGGGGUCAGACAACCUUGCAGAUCAAACUAUUUCCUCAGUUGUCACCCAAUGCUCAUAAGACUUGUCACACACAUUUGUCUUUGAAUGAAGACGUGCAAAAUGCAAAUGUGUUCGGUACUAUAUUGCCAUUAUAACACAAUAUCAUUAUGACAAUUAUGAUAACAAAUCAGGAAAAUUUUAAUUUCCUCAAAAAUGUUCCUCACAUGAGGCUGACUACCAACCUUAUCGAUAGUGGAAUAACUGUUAAAAUAGUGUUAAUUUGGUAUAUAAAAAACUGUGGGCUUUUUGUGUUAAAGUAAAAUAAAAAGUAGUAAUUUGGAGGUGUGUGGAGAAGGAGAUGAUGGUCAGUAGCUGGGAACAAUAGAUAGGUUACUGUCAUGAAUAGCGGACAAAGCAUAAAACGGCUUCUGGUGGGUGGUUCAUAUUAGAAGCUGUUCGCAAGUUACAUAUGACUUUACCUAAGACUGGUUAUCCUUUCGUAGGAGCUUAAUCAACACCAGUGAAAUUUUGGUGCACAUAAUUCACCACAAAAUAAGAUGCCCAGUCGUUUGUAAAGCCUUAAGAAAUACCUACCAGGGCAAGAUCCUGGUGGAUCAACUAAUGACAGAAUGUGACUAUUGUGACUACUAAUCCAGGCUGCUAUCGACCACAUUCUACAACUUUUAUACGGCCAUUCCUACACGUAAAGGACAGAUGACAACAAAAGCAUGGAAGGAUUAUUUGAUAUCAAAACCUCUACUUUUUCCAUACUGUACCACACAAAGCCCACAGAUUUUUGUAUACCAAAUAGACACUUUUUAAACAGUUAUACCACAAUGAAUAAGGAGUGUAUAGGUCAGCUGGUCAUUGGGGGUAUCGAUAAACCUUAGUGAUACCUUGUGAUACUAAUUGCUAUAAGAGUUUAAAUUUGAAGCUCUUAAAUCAUUUUGAUAUCUGGAAAUUUUCUUUUUUAUCCCAAAUAAAACUUACAGAGGUUUGUCAAGGAGUGCCCACAACUAUGAUUACUGAAAUUGUAAUGACCAUUGUAAAGUGUUUGUAAGUUAUUUUUUGAAGAAUAGUUACACUUACUUAGUGUGGUAUUAUCCAUCAGUCUACAAUAAAAUGCAUUUUUUUUUAUAUGCUUCAUAUUGUGUGCAUACAUGCAUAUAUUUGAAGAAUAUAUUUGUAAAUUUAAA